AUGCCUGAGUUGCUUUCAAAGGGUACUACUAUUUCAAAAAAAGGGUUUAAAAAAGCUGUGACUAAGACUCAGAAGAAAGAAGGGAAGAAACGCAAGAGAGGGCGGAAAGAAAGCUACUCCAUUUAUAUCUACAAGGUGCUGAAGCAGGUUCAUCCAGAUACUGGCAUUUCAUCGAAGGCUAUGAGUAUCAUGAAUUCCUUUGUAACAGAUAUCUUUGAGCGUAUUGCUGGUGAGGCAUCACGCCUAGCCCACUAUAACAAGCGUUCAACCAUCACUUCCAGGGAGAUUCAGACAGCUGUGCGCUUGUUACUACCUGGGGAGUUGGCCAAGCAUGCUGUGUCUGAGGGCACCAAGGCCGUCACAAAAUACACGAGCUCAAAGUGAAAUGA